AGGCAGGCUGUCAAAUCUGAAACUUCCUGGGGUUCACUGCAGUGCGAGUCGGCUACAAGAUCGCGACACUUUCUUCAGACAUGUCACCAGUCAUGGAGUCGCGCGAUUGUAAGGAGUUUAACCAUUGAAAGCGAUCAAAAUAAGCGGUUGUCUACAGGAGGGGGGGGGGUUCGCCCGGUGGGGCUGUUGUUUGAGGACGCGUUUGGGUGUCUGAAGGAUGUGGUUGUGCUGACAGCGGCUAACGAUCUCUGUCCUUCCAGCUCUUUAUAGCUCAAUAAAACCACGGCAUGUAGAGAUCAGAUGAUUGGCGAUCCUGCUGAGACUCAUGCGUGUCUGUAUUUGAUCAGAUUCAGCUUCAGUGAUUGGAGCUGGCGCUUACCAUGAGACCACUGUCAAAACAACCUGGCUUUCAAAAAGUCCCUUAUGAAAAUUAAACAAGUAGGGUGGGAGUCCAGGGGUGUUUGACGGCUGCUGUAAGCGUCGCAGGCCGCUGUAGGUCAUGAAGAUUCGCUGGUCAAGAAAGGUGGCUCUCCUGGCCAAGGUCUGCUUCCUUUUCUCUCUGCUGUGGCUCUUUUACCUCCUCAUAGCCCCUACCCCCACCUCAUCUCUGACCGACAGUGACGGUGGACGUGACAUCUUCGUACGAAACCUUCCAUCCCUCACGGUAGGUGAUUCCAGCAGCCUGUUGCGACCCGUAAACGAAAAGCCAGCGCCAGACCCCAACGCUCCUGGAGAAUACGGAAGAGCUACAAGAUUGACCCUCAGCGCUGAUGAGAAGAAAGAGGAGGAAGCGAGCAUUGAGCGCUAUGCCAUCAACAUCUUCAUCAGCGACAAGAUCUCCCUCAAUCGCCACAUACAGGACAACAGGAUGCACGAAUGCAAAGAAAAGAAGUACAACAUCCACAGUCUGCCAACUACAUCUGUGGUCAUUGCGUUUUACAAUGAAGCCUGGUCUACUUUACUCAGAACCAUCCAUAGUGUGCUGGAGACCACGCCAGCCAUCCUGCUAAAGGAGGUCAUACUCGUGGAUGACUUCAGCGAUAGAGGCUAUCUGAAGUCACAACUCGCUCAGUAUGUCAGUAAUCUGGACCGAGUUCGUCUCAUCCGCACCAAGAAGAGAGAAGGUCUGGUACGAGCGCGACUCAUUGGCGCCACCUAUGCCACAGGACACGUGCUCACGUUCCUUGACUGUCAUUGUGAGUGUGUGCCCGGCUGGAUUGAGCCACUGCUGGAAAGAAUUGCAGAGAAUGAGACCACCAUCAUAUGUCCAGUGAUCGACACCAUAGACUGGAAUACAUUUGAGUUUUACAUGCAGACGGAUGAGCCCAUGGUGGGGGGCUUUGACUGGAGACUGACGUUUCAGUGGCACUCUGUUCCCGAGAUCGAUCGCAAGAGGCGCAAAACCAGAAUCGCCCCCAUCAGGUCUCCUACUAUGGCUGGCGGCCUGUUUGCCGUCAGCAAGGCCUACUUUGAGUAUCUGGGCACUUACGACAUGGGCAUGGAGGUCUGGGGAGGAGAGAAUCUGGAACUUUCUUUCCGGGUGUGGCAAUGUGGGGGGUCUUUAGAAAUUCACCCGUGUUCACAUGUGGGUCACGUCUUUCCCAAGAAAGCCCCGUACGCCCGUUCCAACUUUCUUCAGAACACGGUCCGCGCUGCAGAGGUUUGGAUGGACUCGUACAAGAAACACUUCUACAAUCGAAACCCCCCGGCGCGCAAGGAAACAUACGGGGAUAUAUCUGAGAGAAUAUUACUGCGGGAGCGGCUGAAGUGUAAGAGCUUUGAAUGGUACCUGCAGAACAUCUAUCCUGAUCUUCAUGUGCCAGAGGACAGACCAGGCUGGCACGGGGCGGUGCGUAGUGCCGGAAUCCACUCUGAAUGUUUGGACUACAACGCCCCGGAUCAUAACCCGACGGGAGCUCACCUGUCCCUGUUUGGAUGCCACGGUCAGGGCGGUAAUCAGUACUUUGAAUACACGUCGCAGAAGGAGAUCCGUUUUAACUCCGUGACUGAGCUCUGUGCCGAGGUUCAAGAUGGAGCAACACAUAUAGGAAUGAAGCAUUGUCAGCAAGAUGGUGUUCCCAGAGCUCCCAGCAUCAUAUGGGAGUUCAGAGACAAUGGGAGCAUAUAUCACCCUCAUUCAAACAUGUGUAUCACAUCCUACCGCACAUCAGAUGGCCGUGCAGAUAUCCAGAUGAGAAACUGCUCCCCUGGAGACAAAGACCAGCAUUGGAAAUUUGAGUGAAUCCGUGUGAACUCGGAUGUAUGCAGGUGCAGUUAUGUCAUUUUUAGACAUAAGACAGGGACACAUAAUAGUGCCUUUGCAAACCAAAGUGGAUGUCUACUUGUAGUGCCAAUGUUUUUCUUUUUUAUUAGAGACGUUUAAAGUGCUAUUACAAAGAUGUCGAAGUGCAGAUCACAACUAUUAAUAUGACUUUGUAGCAAACUCAACAAUCCAGCAUUUUUGUUUACAUUCAUGCACUAUAUGCUAUUAGUAAAUCAUGUUUCGACUCAGCAAUAACAACAUGUUGGCUGUGCUGUUUUAUUUAAUUGGUCGCUGAUAUCUUGAUUUUUUUGAGCUGGUUUGUCUUAAAUGUUGUCUUCGGUUGACUUGUGUAUUUUUGUAUUAAUAGGAUGUUUUCCCCUUUAUUUGUGAAAGAUACAUGGAUUAUGUUGUCAUACUGGUGUUGAUGGGACUGUACAAGCAUUUUAAGUCUUUCUGGCUGUCUCAACUCAAGGGAACAGUCGAAAUAACAUCAGCGCUCAAAUGGUUUGCUUAUAAGUAUACUUCAGUUUGAAGUAAAUGAUGCAAAGCAAUGUUAAAUAAUGUGCUCAAACGUAUUUGUACUUCUCUGGGGUUGUAGUAAGUAAGUUUUUUUUAAAUGUUUUAUACCCACUUUGCAUUUUAAAAUGGUUGAACUUAAGUUGUUGUCCUGUCAUAUUGGUUUUCAAAUAAUUUAGCAACUCAUGAGAAAGUGCCUCUUCCUUCAACUCAAGUGCCCAGUUUCAUGUGUUCCAUCUGUACACAUCAAAGAACCACAGUAAUUUAACAUUGGUUUGGUAACGCCUUCAGCAUCUAAGUGCCUUUGUCUCAAAGGUCUUCCAGAUUCACAAUUUCAAAACUAUUGUCUGUUCUGUAAUGGGUAAAAUAAAACAAAUAUUAAAAGGACGGUUCACCCAAAAAGAAAAAAAUAUGUUAUCGUUUAUUCUGUGGAACACAAAAGAAGAUAUUUGGUGAAAUGACUCAAGUCAAUGGGGGCCAGUUUUGUUUGAUUACCAAUGUUCUUCAAAAUAUCUUAAGUGUUCUGCAGAAGAAAGAAAGUCAUAUAGGUUUGAAAAGAGAUGGUAGUGAAUAAAUGAUGAAAGAAUUUUCAUUUUUGGGUGAACGGUCACUUUAAGGUUUAAAAGCACAAGUAGGUCACUGAAAAUGGAUUUUGUAUUCGAAUUGACUCUGUACUUGACCCUUUAUGGAUUUUAUUUUUGCACUAAAAUGCAUACAAAAAGGAAUUUUUCAUUCUUUGAAAUUGUCAGCAAUUAAAGGGAUUAUGGAAAUGGUGAUAUGAAAUUUUAAAUACUACUGAUAAAGCACAGAUCUUAGUGAUCAUCUCUUUUGUAGAGUGUAAUGAAGUAUUUUGAAAAUAAAAGUAUUUUGUCUCAAAGUAAAAUAAAUGAAAUUAAACUUU